AUGAACGGCUUAAAAAGUCAACCUGCGCAGCUACGGAAUUUGAUUGGGUUUGUUUCCCAGCAUAAUACAGUCCUCCCCGAUCUGACCGUACGCGACAAUAUUCUAUACUCCGGUCGUGUGCUACUUGGUGGGCAGCUGUCUGAUCACGAGAUUCAGGAAUAUGUCGAUUUCCUGAUUUAUUCGCUGGGUCUAGAAAGUACGUGUUAUCGACUGGUCGGCGGCCUUCUGGAGGGAGAAGAACGAUGUAUAUCCGGGGGCGAGUAUAAACGCGUGAGUAUUGCGCUCGCUCUCGCUGCCGCACCAAAGGCUUUGAUCCUGGACGAGCCAACUUCCGGUCUGGAUGCAACAGCCGCGCAUUCCCUGAUGAAGCUUCUGCACUCGAUCUCCCGUCAGGGGAUUAUGGUGGUUUGCGUAAUACACCAGCCACGAAUUGAGAUAUUCAAUCUGCUGGAUGAUGUUCUCGUUCUGAACGAUGGGACGCAGGCAUAUCUUGGAAAAGCAUCCAACAUGCAGUCGUUCUUCGAAACAUUAGGCCACACAUUUCCCAUCGCAUCAAAUCCAGCGGAUGUUAUCCUUGAUAUCUUACAGACUCAUACCCCUACCCGGGGUGGAGAAGAGAUCGCCCUACAGGUGCCAAUAGAAGACAGCUCGUACUCCGGAAACGGAACGGUAGAAGUCCUGAACGCGCUCUUUGAGAGAGUCAAGCAAAGGAGAAUGUCGUGGCUCCGUCAGCUUUGGCUCGCCUUUUCCCGGAGUGUCGUACAACAGAGCCAACAGACCACAGGCCUUGCUUUGGAAAUCGGAUCGAGUGCAGUAACUGGCCUCAUGAUCGGAUUGGCAGCUUUUGAAUCCAGAGGCCACUUCUUCCAAGGAAUUUAUCACCAUCCAUUUGACCUUCUCUCCAGUGCCGUUGAUUAUCGACUGGUAGCCGAGCAGGGUCUUUUAUGUUGUCUCGCGAUAGCUUGUGCAGCUGGACCCCCGGGAGUCAAGAUAUUCGGGGAGGAGAAAUUAACCUUUUAUCGAGAAUCUCAGUCGGGACAUUCUCGCAGCGCUUAUUUCCUAGGGAAAAACCUGGCGGUCUGUUUCCGCAUGUUGGUGUCGUCUUUGCAUUUCACUGCAUUUUAUUUGGUUCUAGCGGCCCCCUUGAUCCAGUUUCAUUCGCUGUUUGGUCUUUGCUUCUUAUACUUUUACUGUAUCUACGGGCUUGGAUUUGUCGUAUCGGCCGUCACGCGACGAGAAGAUGGACCACUACUGUGCAUGUUACUGAGUCUCAUCAUCUCAGCCAUGAGUGGGUGUGCUCCGCGGCUAUCAACUGUGCGGAAGUGGCAUCUGGAAUGGUUUUGGUACUCGUGGCCAGCAACUUGGUUCUCCGAGGCAUUUUAUCAGGAGAACACAGCUCCAGUGGCUUACCUCUACAACAUGGAGGACGCUGCCACCUUCACUGGUUACAGGACAGGUAGGACGGUGAUGGAUAUGGGUGAUUGGAACUCUGUAUAG